AUGCUGGCGGUCGUGGACCCUGGCGAAGAAGUCAUCGUCUUCGAGCCGUUUUACGAGAACUACGGGCCGGACACCAUCCUGUCGGGAGCGGUGCCCCGCUACGUGCGCCUCCAGGAACCCGACUGGACGAUUGACGAAGAUGCCCUGCGGGCCGCCGUCACCGACCGCACCCGGGCGAUCAUCGUGAACUCGCCGCAAAACCCAAGCGGCAAGGUGUUCAGCGAGCAGGAACUGUCGCGGAUCGCAGCGCUCUGCAUCGAGCACGACCUCAUCGCCUUCACCGAUGAGAUCUACGAGUUCAUCACCUACGACGGCGCCCGGCACAUCCCGAUCGCGACCCUGCCCGGGAUGGCGGACCGCACCGUGACCAUCAGCGGCCUCUCCAAGUCCUAUUCGGUGACCGGGUGGCGGGUCGGCUGGACGGUGGCCAGCGAGGAGUUGACCGCCGCCAUCCGGAAGGUCCACGACUUUCUGACGGUGGGCGCGGCCGCUCCUUUACAGGAGGCGGGGGCGGCGGCCCUGAAGCUCCCCGAGAGCUACUACGAGGAACUGCGGAAGGGAUACGAAGAACGGCGCGACCUGCUGGUUUCCGGACUCACCGAGGUCGGCUUUCGCUGUUUCGAGCCCGGCGGGGCGUACUACGUGAUGACCGACAUCUCCGAUUUCGGUUUCCCGGAUGACGUGGCCUUCGCGCAGCACCUCGUAAAGACCGUAGGGGUAGCGGCGGUGCCGGGGUCCAGCUUCUACGCCGAUCCGGCGGCCGGCCGCCAACGGCUCCGUUUCACCUUCUGCAAGAAAGACCGGGAGACUCUCGUGGAGGCGGUCGAACGGCUCCGUCGACUCCGUUGA